AACUCCUGUUCUCGUUAUCGACAUAUAUAGUUUUAGCAUUUGAUUUAUAAUGUCGGUUAGAAAAUGAAAUUAAUACUAAUAAAAACAAGUUUGACUUUUUGAAAUCCAAUCACUAAAGAAACGAUGCACUGCAGGCAAAAUUGCCUAAAAUGAUUUGACCAAAGCAUCUUUAUCAAUAUAUUUUUAAUAUAAUAUCAAAAAUUGAAAUUUUGAUGAUGCCAAUGGAAGUGAUAUUUAAGAAAUAUAAUUUGAUAAUUUGAAUGUGAACAAUCAGAAAAAAACCCAAGAAAUAUAAAAUUCACAAUUAAUUAACAUAAAAUACAACAUACAAUGAAAUCUUAGACCUUGUAUGGAUGUAAAUAAGAAAAACAUUAUGGUUAAGUUGGUUUAGAUUUCUAAAUAAAAAGAAAGAUUAUGAAAACAUCAAUUUCCUUGUUUUUAUUAAGAAUAUCGUACAAAAGUUGAAAACGAGUAGAAACUAAUGAUUUAAGGGAAAUUUGCCAAUAUGGAACUAAAUCUCUAAAGUAUUGUCCCCUUAGAAUUAAAUUCUCUAACCUUGUCCGUAUAGAAUUAAUUCUUGUCCCCUUAGAACUAAUACUUUGUGAAUCUACUAUUUUGUCCUUUUCUUUAUAAUAUAGUUAAUAAAAUUUUAAAAACUAUAUGAAUUAAAAAGGAAAUACUUAAUUAAAUAAAAAUAGGGCAAUUUUUUCCCAACUCUCGAUCUCGUUCUCUCCGACUCUCUUUCCCAAUCGAGAGACGAUUUCUUUCUCGCCGGCGACACCUUCCGCCUCUGAGAUUCUUGGUUCGUCGGAGAGCUUCAACGAGGAGACACAUCGCUUCUCCCUCCUCCUUCUUGCGUAUUUCCUCUGUUAGUGCCACCGGUUAGAUUGUCGUUCUUAUCUCCGCCGCCGCCGACCAUCGAAGCUGCUCAAGCUCGCGAGUAGCUUCUCGUCCCCGAUUAAGGACGAUUAGUUUCACAGUUGUUUUCUUUUGCUCUUCCUUCAUCUCGGUUCUGACAAUUUGAAGGAAUGGCUCACCAGUUUCCUAAACGCAUUCUUCAAGAAGGUGCUGAGACGCAAAUGGAUAAGAUUAACAACACAUGUAGAAGGACGCUUCUGAAGGCGGUAAAGGUGGCUCUGAAAGAUGAGUAUGAGGAAGUUUUGAAAGACCCUGUCUUCGGGCCUCUUCUGGCGAUCAUAGAGAACAACCUCAUCUACUCAGGGAAGAUUAUUCACAGCUUCAUGUGCAAGCAGCUCAGGGUUUCCAAGCUUCACGAGCUGUGGUUUAUUUUUGCGAAGAGGCCUCUUAGGUUUUCUAUGCAAGAAUUUUAUGCUGUGACUGGAUUGAAGUACAAAGAGGAACCCGACGUAGACUUCAUUAACUGGAAGAAUGAUAAGGGGUUCUGGGCUAAUGCGCUGAAGACCAAUGCGAAGAUCAACUUAUAUACUAUAAGGGAUGAGCUCCUUAAGGUGUGUAACGAGUGGUCGUAUGUGGACAGAGUGAGGUUAGUGUAUCUGUCCAUUAUACAAUCAUUCCUCAUGGCUAAGGAUUGGAAAGUGUAUAUCCGUCAAGAAUACAUCCGCUUGGUGAUGGAUUUUGAGAAAUUGAGGAUGUAUCCUUGGGGUCUUCGCGCUUAUGAUGAGCUGAUUGCAUCAAUACUCAGGAUUGGAAAGUGUAUAUCCCUCAAGAAUACAACGAGCCCACUUCCUCACAUCGGCUUCUAUUAGAUAAUUUCCAAUUUCAGGACUAAUAGAGUAAAUAGCAGUGAACAUCUUACGAAAAUCAGCAGCUCGAUAAGCUUUAGAAGCCUUUGCAACCAAACCAGCCACACCUUUCCCACUAAAAUAUGUUACGACAUUAUUCAGCAAGUGGUGAAUGCAAAUUCCGUGAUGAGCUUGCGGGUACACGUUAGCAAUAGCUUUAGCAAUCGAGGAAUUCCUAUCAGACACAAAAGCUAAACUAUGCUCGUCAGCAAUGACCGCAUUAAGUUGUCUCAUAAACCAGUUCCACGCAAGGUCAUUCUCUGAGUCGACAACUCCAAAUGCAAUAGGAUAUAAAUUAGAGUUUCCAUAUAAUGCAGUAGCAACCAGUAAUACCCCUUUGUAUUUGCUCUUCAAGAACGUCCCAUCCACAACAAUAACUUUCCGAAUUGCAACAUAGAAACCGCGAAGACUCUGACCAAAGGAGAUGAAGAGGAAUCUGAAUCGCCCUUCAGAAUCCCUUUCAUAAGACGUGUGUGACCCUGGAUUAGCUUCCCUCAUCAUGUGCAAGUAUUUGGGAAUUUUUUCAUAGCCUUCCUCUGGAAGGCCUUUCACUUUGUUGAUUGCAUACUCACGUGCAUCCCAUGCCAAAGAAUAGGAUAUCUCAAGUCCAUGUUCUGAACGCAUAUACUGGACUAUAUCAUUAGAUCUCGGCCCUUCUUUAGCAGUUUCAUACAUAUGCAUAACCAGAGUACCAAUUGUUUUUGCUGAAGCUGUCCGAACAGAACCCUUCCUUUUGGAUGCAGCACAUGAAUGAUGAGGUACAUACUUUUUGAUGAUAAAAUAAGAUGAACCAGAUAACCCCUCUGCACGAACACGCCAGCUGCAAUCAUCAUCUGCGCAACGAAUGUACCACAUUUUUUUAUCCGACUUGACAAGCUUAUAGUCGAAAUUAUGUUUCAUUGCACAUAUUUCGAAUGCUGCCUUCAAAAGCGUUUUCGAAAUAAAAUGUUGACCCUCCUUCACAAAAUCCACCAAAGAAAAUCGCACAUCAUUUCCAUUGGUCUUCUCUUUGUCACACCAUUCAACCUCUUCUUGUGAAUCCAUAGUUUAGAUAGGAAAAAAUUAGAGAAGAAGAAAAAAAAAAAGAAAUCGUGAGACAACGAUGAAGAAGACCACAAUUUAGGAAAAAUAACAAUUAAAAAAGGAAAACAAAAUAUUUAAAA